AGUGGUCAUUUUAUUGCGUGGCUAAUAAUUUUGAAAAUAUAAUACAAAAAUCACCAUUUUAUAAUAACGAAUAACUUUUUUAGACCAAAAAUGCAGAGAGAAGAAAAGCAGCUCGACGCUUCUUUGGAAGCGAUCAUCAUUCGUGUAAAUGAUUUAAAAUCGGCCAUCGCAGGAAUGAUCUUCAAAUUAGAGCAUGAGUACGAGACUCUAAACUGGCCAAAUUUCCUCGACAAUUUUGCUCUCAUUUCCGGCCAUUUGACGAGUCUCUCGAAAAUUCUGAGCCACGACAAAGCUCCGAAUUUAAGGAACAUGACGGUUUUGCCCCUGCACUUGAGUCCCGAAAAAGACGAGGAAUUAGUGAGAACGACGGAGGGAAGGAUUUCAACUUUUGCUCACGAUUUGGUUCCUGAUUAUCUCAGAACUAAGCCGGAUCCUGAAGCUGAACAAAAGAUGACCGGAUAUGAGAACAAGGCGGCAAAUUUAAGCUACGAUUCUGCCCAUAAACAAGUGACUCAGUAUACAAAGGUGGUGAGCCAUGUUUGGGACAUUGCAAAUAAAGCACGAGAAGAUUGGGAAAGUGAGGCUGGUGCAAGAACAAACCAGCUUCCAACUAGCAAUGCUGGCGAUACUCAUGCUCUUGUUGCUGCUGUGGGAAUGGGAAAAGGCCUCAAGGUCGAUUCGGUACAAAUGGGUCAAUCCGGAGUCUCUCCUGGACCUGGAGGAAUGAUGGUUGGAAGACCCGGAAGUCAAUCUCAAGGAGUACAAGGUCCGAUGGGACAAAUGGCGAAAGCACCGAGUGCUAUUAAAACCAACAUCAAGGCAGCUUCGCAAAUUCAUCCCUACGGUAGAUAAAAUCUGAGUCGGAAAAUUGGAAAAUUUUCAAAAAGGACUUUGAAUCUACAAUUGAAAAAUUUCGAUUCUUCUUUCAAAGUAACUGCAGUUUAUAAUCUCAUAAUUUUUAGUUUUAAUUUUAAUUUAAGUAGUCUAAUUUGUAAAUAUUUAAUGCAAUUUUUUUUUUUUUAAUCGCCAAGAAAGUGUGUGGAUUA